GUAUGUGCUUAUAUUAUAUUAUUAGGAGGUAUUUUUAGUACAUUAAAGGCUGGACCCAAUAAUGUCACACUAUUUUCCUUCUUUUUGCUAGCAAUUUCCGGCGAGCGGUUAUAUUGUUACUAAAUUUCAAAAUGGGUUUCGUUAAGGUAGUCAAGAACAAGCAGUACUUUAAGAGGUACCAAGUUAAGUUCCGAAGGCGUCGCGAAGGAAAGACCGAUUACUAUGCCAGGAAGCGCCUGACAUUUCAGGACAAGAACAAGUACAACACUCCCAAGUACCGUUUGAUCGUACGUUUGUCCAACAAGGACAUUACAGUCCAGAUCGCCUAUGCUCGCAUCGAAGGUGAUCGCGUGGUUUGCGCGGCUUAUUCCCACGAGCUUCCCAAGUACGGGAUCCAGGUUGGUUUGACAAACUACGCUGCUGCUUACUGCACAGGCUUGCUGGUCGCCCGCCGUGUGCUUAACAAGUUGGGUCUGGACUCUCUAUAUGCAGGAUGCACUGAAGUGACCGGUGAAGAGUUUAACGUAGAGCCUGUUGAUGACGGCCCUGGCGCAUUCCGUUGCUUCUUGGAUGUUGGACUCGCGCGUACCACAACUGGUGCACGUGUGUUCGGCGCUAUGAAGGGAGCCGUUGAUGGAGGUCUAAACAUACCCCACUCUGUGAAGCGUUUUCCUGGAUACUCUGCGGAAACCAAGAGUUUUAAUGCUGAUGUCCAUCGCGCUCAUAUAUUUGGCCAGCAUGUUGCAGACUAUAUGCGCUCUUUGGAGGAAGAGGAUGAGGAGAGCUUUAAACGGCAGUUUAGCCGAUACAUUAAGUUGGGCAUUCGUGCUGAUGAUCUUGAGGAUAUCUAUAAAAAAGCCCACCAGGCAAUUCGUAACGACCCUACACACAAGGUCACUGCUAAGAAGUCUUCUGCCGUUACGAAGAAGAGGUGGAAUGCUAAGAAACUCACAAACGAGCAACGGAAGACUAAGAUUGCAGCUCAUAAGGCAGCUUAUGUUGCCAAGCUCCAGUCUGAAACUGAGGCCUAAAAGUGAUCGACACCCGCUUUAGUUGAGAUUGGUGUAAAAAUAAAUAAACAGUUGUAAUGACACCAGCUA